AUGUCAACAGUCAAUCUAAGUGAUACGCAAGGUACAACAGCACCAAGUCCUUCAAAGAGAAAGGCUAAAGAGUGGGGUUAUGACAAACUCUAUGGUAAGGAGUCAAGAGAGUUGAAGGAUGUUAGUGGCACAUUGUUUGCACUCUUUGGUAGUUACAUGGACAAGUUCUCUCAUCUUCUUGUAUCCAACCCAGUUAAUCAAACUCCUACUGAAAUAAAAGUUGGAGACAAACUUUUUGAGGAAUUUGAUAAUAUUUAUCAAGAUGGGUCAACUUUAGUUGAAAAAACUGAAUUAAAUUUAUAUCUUGAAGAAAAGAGACUCGAUAGAAAACAAGAGUUGGAUAUUAUUUCAUGGUGGAAACUGGAGCAAUUUCGUUAUCCCGUACUUUCUCGUAUGGCUUCUGAUGUGUUAACAAUUCCUAUCUCAACCGUUGCCUCAGAAUCAGCAUUUAGUAUUAGUGGUAGGGUGCUUGAUCAAUAUCGAAGUUCUUUGUUGCCUGAAACUGUUCAAGCCUUGCUAUGUACUAGAGAUUGGCUUUUUGGCAAAGAAGCUUUAGCGAAAGAAGGUGCUGACUUGGAAGAACUUACUGAAGAAAUUUUUGACAUGAGCCUUAAUGAAAACUCGGGACAAUGCUCCAGUAAUAUUAGUCUUGAUUAAACAUGGUGAAUGUUGAAGG